AUGAGAGCAAGCAACAUCGAUGAAGAAGAAUUGCAGCUGGUAUAUUAAUGGGUUGAUACUGUGUCACUCUCAAGACCCAAGAAGAAUAUCGCUAGAGACUUCUCAGAUGGAGAAGGAAUAUAACUGGACUACUCUUAAUACAAAGUAUAUAAAAAGUUUCAUAAAUGCAAUAGAGUAUUUAAGAAAAUGGGGUUCUUGAUUUGUAAAGAAGAUCUUGAUGCUAUCAUUAAAUGCGAGACUGGAAUCAUUGAACGCGUACUUCGAAUGGUCUAGUUAUAAAUCGCAAGUUAUCUUAAAAGCCCUCCUCCUCAGCAAGUACCUUCUAAUUAUAAUCCUAAAGAUUUCUACGAGGAGUAAAUAACAUCAAAGGAUAAGUAGAUUGAGGAACUAAAAGAAACAGUUGAGAUUAUGGAUUUAAAGAUCAAGAAACUUGAACAGUUACUAUAACUUAAAGAUUCCAAGAUUGAGGCCUUGCUGCAAAGUCAAGCUUCAUCCAAUAGACCAGGGAAAAAUGAACUGGUUAGUGAGCAAGUCAGAUUUUACAAUCUAGCGGAGUCACAAUAGAGUGAAGUCACUACUAAAAUAUUUCAGGCAUUUGAUACACUUGAAUCUACAGAAGAGAUGAAGAAGCAAAUAAAUAACGUAGUGCAGAGAAAACUUGACGACAUCAAGAAGUCGCACAUGAAUGUGAAUAAAUGGGAACUCAACUACAACAUAUUCGAAAAUUUAAUUGAUAGGAGGGCUGAAAAUAACAGAGACCUCUAUUCUAAGUUCUUUCUGAAGUAUCUAAGUCCACACAUGCGUGAGAUGGUCUGGAGAGGCAUACUUUAAGAUGGCAUCUAGAUCAGAGAGUAUGAAUAUAACAUUAAAAAAGAAAAAGCAUAUACUAUAUCAAGAGAUGAUAUCUUCAUUCUUUAAAGUUGUGAUGAAAGUUAUGAAUAACUUAUGGUGUUCAAGAAUUCUAUGAUUUACGUAUAAGCUCAUUUGAGAAAGACUGUGCUUCCAGAAUCAUAUUUUUAUCUUAUGAUCCCAAUUCUAACUGUUUUUAGAAACUUUCAUACAAAAAUGAGACAGAAAUACUUGGUCUCUUUCCUUAUAACUUAUAUAGAGUAGAUCUAUUCAAAAGUUGUACCUAAAAUUUAUGAAAGAGAUGAAAGAGAGUAUGAGAGAUUAGUAAGAAACAUGACUGAGGGCAUAGUAGCUAUUGCUGGCAUUAUUGAUCAGGAGAUGGGUAAGAGAUUGAAAGAUCUAUUAGAUUUUGAAGAUGAUGAGAUACAAACUUACUAUAUGGAUCUGAUGCUGAAUGUCAGAAGAGGAGACAUAACGCAUAUUCCUAAUGCUGAUCUUACUCUCACUAAGUAAUAGGUCAUUUUUGGGGAAUUGCUUAGGGGCUUUGUUGAAAGAAUGUCAGUUGGAUUUAUCAAUGUUAAAGCAACUAGUGUACUAUGGGAUUUAUUACUAAUUAAGCAGCAGAGAAGUGCAAGCGAUCUACUUACAGCUUUUGCUCUCAUUCUUUUUCAUUUCAAAGCUGAAAUUAUGAGAUGUAAAAAUGUACUCUAGAUCGUAACUUUGUUCAGAGAGAAAGCUCCUCUGAUGCAUGAAUAUGAUUUCUUCAUGCUGCUAUUUGAAUAUAACAAGGAUAAAGACCUAGCAGGUAUCUUCGAUCCACCUGAUGUUGGGAUAAACAGAACCAAUUUCCCUCAUUUAUAAGAAGUAAUUGCUGGUUCUCUAAGAAAAAGACUGGAAAAAGAGGAAAAAGCAAUGAGGGAAAGAAAUAAAACUGGACCAAGUGCAUUUGGCUAGCCUUUGUCUGGCAUGAAUUAAGGGAGACCAGGAAGGAUGGAUCAUUUGAUUGAGAGUAAUGAAGAAAUGAAAUAGCUAGCUAGUAGAUUAAUCGGUAAAGUCAAUAUAAACGACGUUAGAGGUGAUAUUUUAAGAGAGUAUUGA